AUGAAUUCGGAAGGCAGCAUGGAAGGAUCGUCGGCGGACGACAAGACUCCGCGCGGGCGCAACGUGGCCCACGCGCGCGGGGCCAACAUGGGCGGAACGUUCCCCAUGCGUAGCCCGGGGAAGGCGGGGGCAGGCGGAGGGCAACAGCAGCACCAACACCGGGAUAAGAAAGGGCAUCAUCAUUACCACCAUUCUAAACAUAAUCUAGGCACGCUGCAGAAGCUGCUACCGUGGAAUCUAGGCACGCUGCAGAAGCUGCUACCUUGGAUAACCAUCGGGUUACUCUCCCUCAUCGCCCUCGUCCUGCUGGGCUCCGCACUUUUCCCAGGCUACAUCUUCAUGUGUCCCGAGACCAUCAAGCCAUUACCAGAGCACCAGACCAUUAAGCGGUUACCAGAGCACUGUGUGAAGCUCGAGAGUGACCCCGUGCAGCACGACUGGGUCUCCGCCGUCCUCCCCUUUGACUGCCUGCAAGCUCCCCAGUCCUCCCCCGUCAUCGCCCACCGAGUAGACGACGUCAAGUAUGACUUCUUCCUGUCUCUGCUGGACUUCCCAAUUUCUCCCCUUCCCUUUCCCCCCCUCUCUUCCUUCCCCCCUCCCUCCCCCUCCCCCCUUCCGCUCCCCCCUCCCCCGCACCCCCCCGCACCCCCCCACAGCUACAUCUUCAUGUGUCCAGAGACCAUUAAGCGGUUACCAGAGCACUGUGUGAAGCUCGAGAGCGACCCCGUGCAGCACGACUGGGUCUCCGCCGUCCUCCCCUUUGACUGCUUCCAAGCGCCCCAGUCCUCCCCUGUCAUCGCCCACCGGGUGGACGACGUCAAGUAUGACUUCUUUUUAUCGUUGCUGGACUUUGGAACGAGGAGACGGCCGAAUAGGAAUAUGGUUCGGCUGAUGGAGGACCGGCCGUUCCUGAAGCCGGAGCUCGCUGUGGCCAUGCAGUCGGUACUCGAAAUGCUUAUUGAGGCCAAGGCCGUUCGCCCCGACUCCCUAGUCAUUGACGCGGGGGCGGGCAUAGGGGGAGCAGCCUUUGCAGCAGCAGCUAUGGGUGUGCGCGUGUUGGCGCUCGACCCUGUGCUGGCAAACGUGCUCAAGAUGUGCGACGCGGUGCAUUUGAACCGUUUGGGCGUGCGCAUGUUGGCGCUAGACCCUGUUCUGGCGAACGUGCUCAACAUGUGUGAUGCGGUGCAUUUGAACCGUGUGGCAAAGAGAAUGAAGCUGCACCUUGCUGCUGUCUUGGACAGUGUGGGCAACAUCACGAUGCACAAUGUGAGUAUCUGA